AUGCAGAAAAACAAAGGGAAAUACAAUGAGUUUAAAAUGGCAGGCGAGCUUCACGAGGCACAGCUCAAGCUACAUCAGGUCCAAGAGGAGGUAUAUGCCUGGGAGGCUUUCAUGAAGGCACCCGACAGCAAGACUUUGGAAGAACCAUCAGUCGAUACGGAGCUGCAGUUUAGGAUCCAGCAAAAAUACAAGGAGAUGAAGCCUCCGCUGAGCACUCUAAAAGAACCGGAGGCGACGCCUGAAGAGAAAGAUACCUGUGCUGCCAAGGUCAAAGACCUAUGCGACGAAAUGUGCUCCAUCGUUUUUCAAUCCCCGCCAGAGCCCAAAGUCUUUGAGCCAGACCCCAAUUUCAAGCCCACCGGACUCCGCCAGAAUGCCGCCGCUCCCACUGACGAUGACUACAAGCGCCAUGAAGAGAUAGCUAGUACUGAAAUCGCCGAACUCGAUAUCUGA